GUGCUCCGAGCUGCCUCCGCCUUCCGACUAGAAAAGGCAAACUAGAAGCCGCGGCCCUAGAGGCGCAGCGCAGUCCGAGCGGCCGCGUUGUCAGACCCAGGCCGGUGCGAUGUGCCUCCCGCCGCUGCUGCUGCUGCUGCUGCUGCUGGCCGGGCUGCUGCUGGCCGGGCUCCGCAGACUUUUCCUGGGGCUGUCGGCUGGCAGCUCCCCGAACCCCUUCUCCGAAGACGUCAGGCGGCCACCCGCGCCCCUGGUGACCGACAAGGAGGCCAGGAAAAAGGUUCUCAAACAAGUUUUCUCGGCCAGCCGUGUGCCAGAGAAGCUGGAUGUGGUGGUGAUUGGCAGUGGCUUUGGGGGCCUGGCCGCAGCUGCGAUUCUUGCUAAAGCUGGCAAGAGAGUCCUGGUGCUGGAACAACAUACCAAGGCAGGGGGCUGCUGUCAUACCUUUGGAAAGAAUGGCCUUGAGUUUGACACAGGAAUCCACUAUAUUGGGGGAAUGCACAAGGACAGCACCAACCGUUUUAUCUUAGACCAGAUCACUGAAGGGCAGCUGGACUGGGCUACCCUAUCCUCUCCUUUUGACAUCAUGGUACUGGAAGGGCCCAGUGGCCGAAAGGAGUUCCCCAUGUACAGUGGGGAGGAAGCCUACACUCGGGGCCUCAAGGAGAAGUUUCCGCAGGAAGAAGCUGCCAUUGACAAGUAUAUAAAGCUGGUUAAGGUGGCAUCCAGUGGAGUUGCUCAUGCCAUCCUGCUAAAGUUCCUGCCCUUGCCCGUGGUUCAGCUCCUUGACAAGUGUGGGCUGCUGACCCGUUUCUCUACGUUCCUGCAUGCAUCCACCCAGAGCCUGGCCGAGGUGCUGCAGCAGCUGGGGGCCUCCACUGAGCUGCGGGCAGUGCUCAGCUACAUCUUCCCCACAUAUGGUGUGACCCCCAGCCAUAGCACCUUUUCCAUGCAUGCAUUGGUGGUGCACCACUACAUGGGAGGGGCCUUUUAUCCCCGAGGGGGUUCCAGUGAAAUCGCCUUCCACACCAUCCCUGUGAUUCAGCGGGCCGGGGGUGCUGUCCUGACGAGGGCCACCGUGCAGAGUGUCUUGCUGGACUCAGCUGGAAAAGCCUGUGGUGUCAGUGUGAAGAAGGGGCAAGAGCUGGUGAACAUCUACUGCCCCACCGUGAUCUCCGAUGCGGGACUGUUCAAUACCUACGAGCGGUUACUACCGCAGAGCGCCCGCGGCCUGCAGGGUGUGAAGCAGCAGCUGGGGAUGGUGCGGCCUGGCUUGGGAAUGUUCUCUGUUUUCAUCUGCCUCCGAGGCACCAGGGAGGACUUGGGUCUGCAGACCACCAACUACUAUGUUUACUAUGACACAGCCAUGGACGAGGCGAUGCAGCGCUACGUCUCCAUGCCCAGGGAAAAGGCUGCAGAACACAUCCCUCUUCUCUUCAUUGGGUCCCCAUCAGCCAAGGACCCGACUUGGGAGGACCGAUUCCCAGGUCGCUCCACGAUAAUUGUGCUGGUGCCCUCCGCCUAUGAGUGGUUUGAGGAGUGGCAGGAGGAGCCCAAAGGAAAGCGGGGCAGCGAAUAUGAGACCCUCAAAAACUCCUUUGUUGAAGCCUCCGUGUCAGCCGUCAUGAAACUGUUCCCACAGCUGGAGGGGAAGGUGGAGAGUGUGACUGGAGGGUCCCCACUGACCAAUCAGUUCUACCUGGCUGCUCCCCGAGGAGCCUGCUACGGGGCUGACCAUGACCUGCGCCGCUUACAUCCUCGAGUGAUGGCUUCCAUGAGGGCCCAGAGCUCCAUCCCCAACCUCUACCUGACAGGCCAAGAUAUCUUCACCUGUGGGCUGAUGGGGGCCCUGCAAGGGGCCCUGCUGUGUUGCAGUGCCAUCCUGAAACGGAACUUGUACUCAGACCUGAAGAAUCUCGGCUCAAGGAUCUCUGCACAGAAGAAGAAGAAUUAGUUCCAUCAGGCUGAGCCAGAGGAACCUGGCCGAUGACCAGCGCACCUCCCCUGACCUAUCCACAGUGUCUUUCUGCAUUACUUCCUCAUGCACAUAAAGCCCUCUAAUUUGGUUUUGAUUUCUGAAGCUCUGUGAUUUGCUUAGGGUAAAUCACAGUUCACAAUCUGAAGCUCUUCCAGCUGGGGCAGGUGAUCUUUUAUACCUUUUAUAAUGUGGUAUCCAUGUUCAAAAGGCCCAUUACCACUAUCGACCUGGACAGCCCUGAUGUCUCCUGAGAAGCUGGGUACCCAUACUCCCUAAUCUGAACAAUCAAAUUGAAUAUUCUUUUGGUCAGGCGGGUAGAACCCCUGGAAGGACGUGUUGGUCACUGAAGCAGGUUGGCCAGUGCUGUCCCGAGGCUUCUCCUGUCACUCUCAGUCCCCAUCUAGGGAAAAGGGCGACCAAUGAGGUUUUAGUCAUAACCUGGGCAUGGUUUUGGUUGUAGUGCCACAGGUUCAGAGGCUCCAGAUCCCAUUUCUGCUGGUUCCAGUGGCUCUGUCAGAGGACAGGAAAGGACCGUGACAGGUACAGUGUGGUUCUGGAGGAUCGGGGUAAUGACAAGACCUAUUAGUUUUUAAGGUUCAUGUCAAAAGAUAACAUCCAGUUGGUGUCAACCAAGUCCUAGCUCAGCCUUCUGUAUGAUCAGGGUGGCAUCUGGUUCUCAAAGUGCCAGCACCAAGACACCCUCAGGGAGCUCAGUACCUGAGCCUCAAGCCUUAUCCUCUGAAAUGUGCUGGGAAGGGUGACGUUGGCAGUCAGGGCACAGGCUGGCAAGGUGACUUCAUGGGGGUUGAUGUAGGCUGAAGGAGCAUUCGAGGCCCAGGGCAUAGCAGAGAACAACCAAGAGGCAACAAACGUGCCAUGACCAUGUCCAGCUACCUCCUAGACUAGCACAGGGGCUCCUGGUAGGGAGGCGUGGGGGUGGGGUUGAAACUGGUCAGGAUGAGAUGUGUGUGCAAAGCCUGAGAGCGGCAUUUGCUGCUUACUGGUGCAUAUAUGAUGGCUGGGUGGAAAGGUGCAUAUGGUUCAGCAAAAUGGCCUUUUACUUACAUUAAACUGAAGCACCAAUAGCCUUAUUUGAGUCUGUUUUAAUGUAAUAUCAACCAAUUUAAUGAUUUUAUUCUUUAGUAUUUGAAAUUUUGGUUCCUCCUCAGUGACACAAAACCACACUUGGUUGCCAUGUACAGAAGCUCAGUGAAACAUUUGUUCUGAAAAAUACUUAUCAUUAGACACAAUAAGGUUAAAAAAAUAAAUUUAAGUAAUUAUAGUUGUUACAAAAAGCUGAAAAUACAAAACAUUGCAAAACAGUGGCAAUGUACUAAGUGCAAUCGAAACAGAAAGGAAACGACUUCAGUAAUCAACAUUUAUGGAACUGGAUGGUCUUAGGAAUUGAGGGACUAUCUAUGACAGUGGGAGGGGCUGGCUUUGUUGGUAGUUUGAAAUGCCAUACAGCUCAGACCUAAGCCUUUUAUAGAGGGGUUUCUAAAUUGGGAUAUUUAGGAAACUCACCUCUGAUUUGGAGAACUGGCUGAGUUGAGAGUCACUGUUGGCUCUGGAUGUCCAGUUAAACUAAACCUGAUAAUCUCCCACUUCCCUCCCUGACAUCUCUAUUUGGAUGUCUCACAGUCAUCUUAAACACUGAAGCAAUUAACCAGAAGCAAAUUCAUUUUCUAUGCCCCUGUUAAACCUGGGUCCCCAUUAGUGUUCCUUAACUCAGUGAAAAGGCACUUCCUCACCAUUACCCUCCCGCCAUAUCCAAUCCACUUUCAAGGCUUGUUGGUAUUAUCUCCUAAAUGUGUCUCAAUUCCAACCACUUCCCUCCAUUCUCACCGUCCCUACAUUAGUCCUACUUGGACUAUUGCACCGUCUCCUUGUAGGGGGUUAAAAAUCUUGAUUCUCAUUUGAUUUUUUAGACAGGGUUCUUUAGCUAAAAAUCUUACGGGACAGAAGUCCUUAGCUAGGAGGCAAUAGCCUACAGGUAGUGGGGUGAAAUCCUAUCUAAUCAAUUCUAACCAAGUAAAUGUUGAUUCUCAGUUGAUUCUUAGUAUAGGGUUUUUAGCUAACAAACUUAUGGGACAAAAGUCCUUAGCUAGGAGGCAAAAGGCUACAGAUAAGGGGCAAGAGCCCAUGGAACCAACUCUAAUCACUGUUUAGGUACGGGAUUGUAUACUUUAAUGAUUUUAGAGUCAACAGGUGGCUGACAUACCGAUCUUAAGAGAUUUUAUUUAUUUAUUUAUUUAUUUAUUUUUUCAAAAAGAUGACCAGUAAGGGGAUCUUAACCCUUGACUUGGUGUUAUCAGCACCACACUCUCCCGAGUGAGCCAAGGGCCAGCCCAAUCUUAAGAGAUUUUAAAGAAUUGCUGUAGGAAAAUAUGUGAGAAAUGUUUGCCGAAGGGAAAACUUUUUGUUAAUGGAAACUUAAGACACAAUCACAGAAUCAUAGGAAUGUAAUGAUUGUUUUAGCUGUUAUAAAAAUAGUUAUAUCUUAGUUAAAGAUAAUGAUCACAGUGUAAUUAGAUUAACAUUUCACUAAUUAUACUUUGGAAUAUGACGCUGUUAAUUUAAAUGAUGUUACUAUGUUCUGUUGUUUAAGCUAUACUUAGCUAUGGAUAACUUUUGUCACAUUGCCCAUGUCUUUGUGUCCUUUCAAAAUGAUUGAAUCAAUUGAUUUUUCUUGUGAAACUUCCUUGUCUUUACAAUAAAAACAGAAGCUAACUUUGAAUGGGGUCUGUACCCAGUUUCUAACAGAGGAGUUG